AUGGUCUCUCAGACAUUUGCGCUUGAUCUUUCAGUUGGUUGGAGUGCCUCCAGCCCAGCUUACAAGAAACUAGGAGACGGCCUGAGCGAUGCCGCGAUCCCCAGUGGGAUUUCCUCGGAUGGCAAGACCUGGUACUUGAGUUCUCGCGGGAAGCCUUAUGCCUACGAUAUCGAGACUGCGGCCAUGAGAAUAAUUUCACCCUUCUCUUCGAUCCCUUCGGUCAGUACUACUCGCAGUAUUGCAGGCGCCAUAGAUCCUGAGACUGGGAUUCUUUAUCUACUGCAUGGCUUAUCCCUCAAGGGAUUGAUUAUUAUACCUGAUAGGACAUAUAUGAUAAUUUAUACACCUGAAACAGGUUAUGAAAAUAUUGUAGAGAUGUACACUCCCUUGGUGCCACUCGUUUAUUAUUCCGUCGGAUGGGCGAAACCCAUCAAGGCCAUGCUCAUCUUCGGUGGGGCUUCAAGCAAUGGUGGAAAUCCUCGCAACAGUCUUUUUGCUUAUUAUCCUGCAAAAGGAUGGAGCCAGCCAACUGUCAAAGGAGAUCUUCCCCCACCUCGUUCCCGUGCCUGCUUCGUUCCUGCCUAUAAAGGGACAAAAAUGAUCCUGUUUGGCGGUCUAGGCGAAGGAGACACAGUUUUGGGUGACCUUUAUAUCCUGGACGUAUCGACCAUGAUCUGGACAAGAGGGUCGGAUGCUGGAUUUACAGGUGCCCGCAUGAACCAUGCCUGUGCUACUAGCAAGGAUUUUUUUGUAGUCUGGGGAGGAUCUACCUCUAGAGAUGGUGGCCCUGAUGAUGUCAAAUUGAACACAACAAUCAUUUAUAACAUGAUCACGUCCAGAUGGACGACAGAGUUCAAUCAUUCUCCAACGGGGGCUUCAAAUCCAAAUGCAAAACCAUCAGAAUCACUCUAUUUGGCACCUGGUCUCAGUGACACCAACGGUGGUCAGAGCUCAAAUACAAAUUUGGGGGCCAUCAUUGGAGGCGCUGUAGGUGGGUUGGCUGCUGUUGUUAUCCUAGCUGCAGGUAUAGUUUUUUACCGCCGCCGCAAAUCUGAAGCUCCUCCUGGACAGAGUAACGAUAUCGAGGAUAUCAAUCAUGGGAAUGUCAACCAUACGGGACCUUUCCUGCCAAGCCAAGGCAGUCAAUCGCCCAAUCAUCUUAGCGUCGAGAGCGCAUUCCUUAAUAGCGGCAAUAGUAGCCAUCCUGUGAUUCCUCAUGUCCAAGGUUCCUCUGUUUUAGCUCAAGGCCAGGUUCAGAUUGACAACCCUUCUUCAGCCAGGAGUAUCCAAUUACAAGCUGCAAAAUUAAGGCAGUUACAGCAAGUGAGACCGUUGGAGGUAUAG